AUACAGUCGAGCAUGCUCUGUGUGUCAGGGUAUUCCAUUAUCCUGUGGUGACCUCUCUUUGGAAAAGAGGGGGAUGCCUCAGAAAGAUUUUAAGAUGGUUCCAAAAUCGCUCCGUCUGUUUUUAUUUGAGGGUGUGGCAUUAAGAAAAAAAAUCACAGAUGCGCGAAAAAGUGUAGUCAUUUGUUGAGUCAGGAGAUUUUUUCAGUGUUUUGUAUUGUAAUCUACAGAGAAGGCACAGCUGACUGGAUCGUGUUUCCUGCGGUCCACUCCAAGUCGAGCCGCUGUGAUUGAGGACUUCUAUCUGCUGCGCCUUUUUGGAGUGCGUCAUUGCGCAGCGGCGCGUCUCGUCCGGACCGGUUCGUGGGAGUCCGCGAACAGAGCAGCACGCGCGGGUUGGCAGGUGAGAGAGAAGAAAGUCUGAAUGGAAAGCGACUCUACACCAGACUCGUUCUCUCCGAGGGACUUUUGGUAGAUCCCCGAUUCCCGGACGCGCGGACAGUCGACAUGCUCGCGGCGAUCGGCGGGAACAGGUAAACUCCACCAACCGUCCUCUUCCCUGUGGCAGCCAUGGCUCCUUCUGUGUCUGGAGGGACCGUGUUCACCAUCAUCCUCAUAAGCAGGUUGUUGGAGAACUCGUUGCUCAGCGCGGAAAUGAAGGAAGGAGAGAUCCUUCCUCCUACGAUUCACAGGUUGAUGAAGGGAUACAACAAAUACCUUCGACCUUUCUUUGACAAUGGUCCUGUAACUGUGGGCAUGAGUUUGGAUAUCGCCAGUAUUGACACCAUCUCAGAGAUCAACAUGGACUACACAGCCACCAUCUUUCUUCGCCAGCGCUGGACCGACGAGCGUUUAGUGUUCGAGGGCAACAAGAGCCUGAGCCUUGACGGGCGACUGGUGGAGCUCCUCUGGGUCCCUGACACUUUUAUUGUUGAUUCCAAGAAAUCUUUCCUACAUGACAUCACUGUGGAGAACAGACUGAUCCGCAUCUUCCCCAACGGGACAGUCCUUUAUGCUCUGAGGAUUACAACCACUGUGGCUUGCAACAUGGACCUGACAAAAUAUCCCAUGGACAAGCAGACGUGCACACUGCAACUGGAAAGCUGGGGCUACAACAUCAAUGAUGUGAUGUUCUACUGGACCAGAGGAAACGAGUCCGUCAGUGGUUUGGACACUCUCCAGCUGGCUCAGUACACCGUGGAGGACCACUACACAUCUGUGUCAGAAGCCGUCUAUGAAACUGGACGUUAUCCUAGACUGGUUUUCCACUUUGAGCUUAAGAGGAGCAUUCUGUAUUUCAUCCUGGAGACAUACGUCCCCUCAAGCCUGCUCGUGGUCCUCUCUUGGGUUUCCUUUUGGAUUUCUCUGUCCUCUGUUCCAGCACGUAUUUGUAUAGGAGUGACCACUGUCCUCACCAUGACCACUUUGAUGAUGGGAGCCCGGACGUCUCUCCCCAAUGCCAACUGCUUCAUCAAAGCCAUCGAUGUCUACUUGGGAAUCUGCUUCAGCUUCAUAUUUGGGGCACUUAUUGAGUAUGCCGUGGCACACUUCUGCACCUUGACUCACCCUGAUGCCCACAUGCUGAUGUAUGGCCACCACCUGCACGACAUGGAUGAUGAGAUGAAUGGUAUUAUCACAACCAUUUCAAGUCACCCCCACAGGGCCAAGAGACGCAAGGAGGCUGCAGUCACCUCUCCCCCAGCUCCCACUACAACAGAGCUCACAGUCAGGCCCCCCAGUCCUUCAGGCAGCGAGCCUAAGUCUGAGACCACCCCUCCAGAGCCCACCCACUGGUGCCUCACUGCUCUGGCCAUGCUUCGCAAAAUCCUCCGUGUUAUAUACUGCUGUCAUGUGGAGAACCCCCACCAAAUAGACAACUACUCCAGAGUCACCUUCCCUUUGUCUUUUGUCAUUGUCAACCUCCUCUACUGGACAUAUUAUCUUUACUUCUAGUGUUUGCUGGAGAGCAUCGUAUGCCCUGGAGAGCGGGAGACAAAGACUGUUUCAGGACCAGAAGUGUAUUCCACUGUCCAGACAGCAUUGCGUUAGCAUGGUCUAGACUUUGGCUCAAACACUUUCUGAUCUUAGAUUUGUGUCCAAAGUUACAUAAUCAUAUAAGGUAAUUUUGUUGUGAUCUCAGCAUCUUCAUAGAUAUUUACAUGCUUGGUUAACAGUCUCUCCGGGAUUGUCAUUGCCCUAAAGCGUGAUCGACCUGGUCCAGAGAAAAUGGGAUUUCAGAGAUUCUGACACCAAAAGGGAAGAAAUGAUGCUUCCAAAAGCUUUUGGUAGUUGAACUUUAAGGAUUAUGAUCAGCACUGAUAAGUGGCAACAAAAUACUGUUUCAUUUUGUUUCCACUUGUUCAUACUUGGAUUUUCAGUCUUUCAUCUUUGCCUUCAAAUAGAACAGUUAGAGUUUUAAAUGAAGCGUGGAAUAAGCCCGCUCACUGAGAAAGUUAAAAGUAUUUGAUCAAGCAUUGCUUCAGAGGGGAAACUCUUACCAGAUCUUUCAAUGUCUCUUUUGUCCUCUACUUUUUUUUUUUUUUUUUUUGGGUGGUUGGUCCAGUUUCAUACGUUUCAAUUGAAUACAAUUUAUUUAAAAUGCUGCGACUUGUUCGUACCAGGAUGUUUGUAUUUGAAGUUGAUUCUAGGAACUGAAAUCUUUUUCUUUUGUAUUUGAGAUGGAAACCAUGCUCAAAUACAGUUGAGCUGUUUUAAUUUGCAGGCCAUCAUCUCCUUAGCUUCCAGCCUCUGACCCAUGUUUGCCCCACUUGUUUGCCCCACUUGUUGUGACUGACAGUGCAGCUAAAAAAAACAUCUGCAAAGAACAGAACAAAGAUGUCACCAAGCACAUGUUCAUGGCUUGUGGGUUUUCAAACAAGGAGCACAGCUGGAGGCUGCAAAUAUUGUUGGAUGUUUGUGAUUUAAGGUUAAAAUAGAAAAUGAAGUGAACCAGAAAUGAGAGGGCUUCUUUUCUUUACUAAAGCAAUUGAUUUGUCUCUAUAAAGAUUCGUUUUUAGAAGUUUAGAUUUUAGGAGCCAGGCUCAUUUGACUCCUUUUGACUUGUCCCUUCAUAACUGCUGUGGGUCAUUUGAGCUGCUCUGCCUGCCGGUUAGUGGUAGUAAAGUUUAGUGUAGCAAAAAUCAACUAACAUGGCUGCUAAAGAAAUGCAGAACUGGUCUUUACAAGCUGUAGAUUCUCUGAUUUAUUCUGUAAGACUGAAGCUGGAGCCGGAUUUUCAUGAGUUACACUUUGCAGAGGGAUUUGAAUAUAAACGAAGUGACCCGAAUAUUUCAACAGGAUGACAUCCUGUUGAAAUAGAAAAUGUGAUCAAAAAUGGUCUGGAUGGUCUAUGCUUGAGACUUUUGAACCUUGUGCUUUGUCAGCACUGAGCAUGUCAGUUUAGAUGCUGCUGUGUGGUUGCUGGCAGUGAUGUGCCCGAAGUACCAAAGACUUAAAUGAAAUGUCUGGUAUUGGCUUUUUUAGUCACCAGGAAUUUUUCUCUUCAUUUAAAAUGUUUACAUUGUUGAGUUUAGUUUUUACUGCAGUAGUGGGGGAUUCAGAAAAAGCAUGCAGUCACUGAGCAGAGGAACGUCCCACCUCAGACUGGGAACUCAGAUGCAUGUUUAUUUAUUGCUGUUAACUAUCGCUGUGUAUUUUCACUCUUUUACAUGGAUUCAGCAGCUUUCACACGUUCCUGGUUUAACUGUUACUAUAUACGAUAUAACUAUUCCUCAGAUUUCUCUUUGCUUCAGUUUGUCAUAUUAUUUAAAUGCGACCUACAAACAAAUGUGCACCUUUGCCUGACGCUAGAAAAGGUUAUGUUCUGCAUGAUCAAGUCAAACUUUUCAUUUUAAUUUAUUUUGAUGUAGACUAACUGUCCAAGUUAAAGAGUGGAACAUGUUUUAUGUCCAGGUAAGAACCAAGUCUCAUUCAGUGCCCACCUGGAUCUUUGAAGCAGGUUCAGAGUGCCAUGGUAAAACAGAGAUUUCUGUUUUUUCCACAGUCAUGCUCUCACUUUAGCUUGAUUGGAAUCAGAUCUAAGUUUUCACUGUCUUUCAGUUUCCGUCCAUUAUUUCCAGAAUCAGGCGGGGCUUAGAGAAGUUAUCCAACGAUGAAAACAGGACAAUGCCAGGACACAAACUGUUCUGUUUGGUGACAGAAAAUAUUAGAAACUUUUGGAAAUGUUCUUGUUGUCAGUUUGAGCUUCAACUUCAGUUCAUGUGAAAUGUAUUUAUACGUUCCAGUAACAUGUUCAUACUCUGUACAUACAUGAAAACACUAUGCAUGAUUAUUUGGUGUGUGAAUAUGAAUGAUAGCAAUAAACUAAGUUUUGAUGUGUUUC